AUGGCUUCUGGAAUACAAAAUGAAAAGAAAAUUGUGCCUAUUAGUGAAAUAGGAAAGGGGAUGAAAUUAUGCACUAUUGAGGUUCGAAUUAUUAGGGUUUGGGAGAGGCCUAAUUUCAAAAAUCAACUUGAAACUGAAAGUAUUGAAAUGGUCUUGAUGGAUUCAGAGGGAAGUAAGAUUCAAGCUAGCUGUCGAAAAGGCCUAAUAUUGCAAUUUAUGCCAAAAAUUAAGGAGGGGGAAUUUAAACAAUUCUCCAAUUUCUUAGUUCGUGAAAAUGGUGCUAUGGAAAAGCCAAUGACACACAAUUGUGUAUUAUCUCUUAAUUACGGAUCACGCAUAGAGGAAUGUCGAGUUCUUGAUAUUCCAAAAUUUGGAUUUACAUUUGCUAAAUUUGAAGAUAUUAUAUCAAAGCGGUUACCGGACACGUAUUAUAUUGAUAUCAUUGGACAACUGACGGGGUACAGUGGAAUAACUGAAACUACUAAAUCCCGAAUGAUGACUAUUGAGUUGGUUGAUACAUGCUUUCCUUCAAGUGGUGAACAAAAGAGUGGACAAUUGACACAAUUAUCUAAUGACACAAAUGACUUUCUAAAGGAGGAAUCAAUCAAGGAUAUAUCUGAUCUACUUGAGAUGAAUAAGGCUGGAAUAUGUGUUAGCUUAGCAACUAUUGAAGAUAUUGAUAUUCAAUAUAGUUGGUACUAUGAUGCUUGCAAAAGAUGUAAUAGUGGAUUGGUUAAAGAAGGAGAUGUAACUCGAUGUAGGAAGGACAAUCAUGUUGUCAAAUCAACCGUCCCAAGGUUCAAGAUCAAGUUCAUCGUAUCAGACAAGACUGCCGAUGCUUCGUUCUUAAUGUUUGAUAAAGAAGUAUGCAAGUUGGUUGGUAAGACGGCCAAAGAGAUACUAGACUUGCAAGACAAGGAUGCUGAAGAAACAACAUUUCCCGAGGAUUUCAAGUUUUUGCUUGGUAAAAGAUUUUUGUUUAAAGUUAAGGUUCCAGAUAACAACGCCAUAGAUGAGAAUUCUACCUUCACCGUUGUAAGCACAACUAAUGAGCACUGCAAGAAUAACGCUCAUCAACAACGGGAAAUCCUGUUGUUAAUGAAGCGUUUCUCGUCGCAGACGCCUUUUACGACGAGAUUUCCGUCCCGUCGUCCCCGGUCGCAAAAGGCUCCGUCGCAAAAAACAUUACGACCAGUUUGA